AUGGACUCCCCAGGGAAGUCCCCCCCCUUGGAAGGGGAGCACCCCGCAGAGGAAGAAAAUAAAAUUCUACCGACGGGUCAAAAUGAGUACAAAAUUGUGAGUCAAAAGAGGGAGGAGAAAAAGGAGAAGCAGAAAAAGAAGGAGAAGGAGAAGAAGCAGAAAAAGAAGGAGAAAAGCCAAAGCGGUGACGAACACGCCAUCCAAAAAUAUGAAGACGAAAAAAUCGUCCUAUUCCAAAACAACGAACUUGUUGAAUAUGACGCGAAGGACUUCAGGACAGGAAACAAAAAUCACAUCGUCUUGUUGGAAGAGGAUUACUUAAGUAGUGAUGAAGCCAUAUCGCAAAGAAUUCAAAAGGAUGUCCAUGAUUUUACUCCAAGUUGUAGAAGUACCAUUUUUAACUAUGAGGGGGACUCACCUGACGAAGGAAGAAGUGAGCAAGUAGAUCAAGCGAGGAGAAGAAGAGGUAGGAAAAUGGCUAGCUAUGCAUCUCCAAGGGGUGAACCAAAUGAGGGCUGCUACCCCGAGCAGGAGGAAAAUAAUCAUAUUGAGAUGCUAUACCCAACGGAUCAUUGCAGCGAGAGGAAUGUAGAUCCCCCUGAGGGGGGGUGGAAUCAUCAGGCACUCUGUCUCCAAGAAAAAAAUUACAAGUUAGUGACUCUGGCGAACGGAAAAAAACACAAAAUUAACCUAAAUAUAAAUUUGAGAGAUUUCCAGAAAAAAUACACCUCGGAGGAUAACAAAUCGUUUGAGUACCUCCUAAGGAGCAUGAAAAAUAAAAAUGUGGAGAGGAACAUGUACUCCCUGAUGAAGAGGAAGGAACACAAUAAAAAAGUAGACUACAUUGAAGAGUGCACAAGGAAAGGAAUAAAUUGUCAUCAAGUGAAUGCCAACAAAUCGGAAAAUGAAUUAAGCAGCAUGAUGUUUUCCUCGAGUUUAACAGUUAGCAUGAUGGAUGAUGCUACUGAGAGUAAGAUACAAAUAUAUCACGAAAAUACAAAAUUUUCAGAAGAAUAUAAUGAGGAUAUGAAGAGGCAGAUCAGACAGUGUUCUCAAAAUAGGCAGUUAAAAAUUAUGGAAAAAAUGAAAGAAGAUAAAGAGGAGCAGAUGAUCCAACAGGGGAAAUUCAACCUACUGGAAAGGAAUAACAGUUAUGAGUAUAUGCGUACUCCACUUAUAUUGGCUGGGAAGGGUGUCGAUAAGAGUCCCAUCAUAACAUGGGGGGUCAUUGCGAGCAGCCCUAAGUUGGUGGAAAGUGAGGAUGACUACAGUGUGGAGAGCAGCAGCGGUGACGACUCCGAUAAUCUGCGCAGUAGCUCCAGGGGGAGAAGAGCCAUCGCACAAGAAAACGACGAGACCGAUUUUAAUCCCAUUCAGGAAUUUAAUCUACAACAAAUUAAUGACCGUGAACGGGUUGCGGAGAAGCUGCAGAAUAGCCUGAAAGACAUCAAAUACAGCAAGGAAGCGUUAAAGAGAAAAAAUCUCAGCUUGUUGAUACAUCGAAAUUGUAGCUCCCGCAUGUCGACCACGUCAUAUAGGAAUUCAGUUCUGUCCAGGUACAGCCGGAAGCGACUCAGCGAAUUGGCCAUGAAAUCGCCGCUCGCGUCACAAAUUUUGAAAAAGAAGAGGUGA